UAACCCCAUCUUCAGGCCACAAAAACUUAAAACUUGAAUUCAAUUUCUCUCUUUGUAGUUCUUCUUCUUCUUCUUUUUCCAUUCAAAAUGAGGAGUUCAAAGAUUUGGUCAUGGCAGCAAUGUUCAAGGCAAAUCAGAGAGCAAAGGGCAAGACUUUAUAUUAUCUGGAGAUGUGCUGUGAUGCUUCUGUGCUGGCAUGAUUAAACUACUCAUCAAAAGCUAAAGGUAGAGUAAGAGGUUGAAGAGAAGUCAAAUUGUGUCUGGAACUUCACUCUCUCUUACACUAACCAUACCAUACAGAGUUGAAGCAUGGAAUGUGUUCAAAACAUUAUGUACAGUGAAGGAUAGAAUCGUGUAACAUUUUGGUAAUUAGGUAGGAGAAAGUAGGAUUGCGGAGAAUUGUUCUUUUACUUCACCGUAUGAAAUACUAUGUUAUAUAAUCCUUUCCAUACAAACAGAGAUCAAUUUCAAGACA